AAAGGUAACAAAUCACUGUGUGCUGGUGACUGCACGUGACCAUUGCCCGCAAGAAACUUCAAUCGUGUCGGCUCUCAGCUGAGCACAAGGUAUUUGGCUGUGCCACAGUCAUUUGCCUGUAUACGAAAAGUAAAUAACUACCCAAAAUGAUCAGAACGUUUAAACGAAUAUUGAGUUUCCCCUGUAUCUUAUUGAUGGUUUCAGUACUCACUGUACAAGUUUUCCCUCUAGAUGGCCCGACAUCUUCCAUCCUUCAACAUCCGACUGCUGUGGCAGUCGAAGCCGGGCGCAAUGUGACGCUGUUCUGCAACAUCGAAACUUUCACCGGCUACUGCUACUCCGUCUGGUGGUUCAAGGUGCAGCACGCAGAGCCCAUGUUCACCCCGCUCAACACCCUGACCGACAAGAAGUAUUUGAGAGACGUUGUGGAGAAAGUGUGCUCGCUCACAAUCGAGGGUCUGCAGACAAGCGACUCGGCGACCUACUACUGCGCAUACAUACGCGGCUCAGGGGCUUCCAUCGGUCCUGGCUCAACAGUUUGGGUCAAACAACAUUCUGAUCAGACCCCAUCCAUGAAGAUACUAGUGCCCUCCGAGGAAGAUGAGUCUAAGGUAAUAAUCGUUUGUCUGGUGGAUGGAGUCGAUCAAGCACCCUACUGGAUCAUAUCAGGACACAGGCAAAACGGAACUACCGACGUCGGAGUCAGUGACUCCAGUAAUUCGACUUCUCAUUUCAUUCGAAACCAAAUCUCAGUUCCAGUGGAGACGUGGGCGUCCGGAGCUCCGUGCACCUGCGUGUUGGAGACAGAGAACCAGAGACUGAAUAGGACAGUGAGGGGUAAAACAGGUAACUUCAGAAUCAAUCUUGUCUUAUUCUUAAGAAGUCUGGGGAUAUUCUUCUUUUCAUUAACAGCUAUUAUAAUUGUAAGAAUAUCCUGGUAUUUGUCAACGAAAAAGAGGCUGAAGUAAAGACGUUACCUAUUUUUAAAAAGUUAUUGUCUUGCCUUUUUUUUUUCAUUCAACAUUUUAUCAAGUCAAGUCAAUUUUACAGAGCACAUUUAAAACAACAGAAAUCGACCAAAGUGCUACACAGCUUCCAUAAAUACA